AGGCUCGGGAUCGCUAUCGCUCUUCCCCUCUUCGCUCCUCUUUGCUCCAUUGUUCUCGGCGACGUCUCGACAGCGGCUGCCUACACGCUCUUUCACGACUGUACCAUCGCAAACCCUUCGCAGGACGAAGAACUCUCACCCUCCUUUCGCCAUGCUCGCAACCCUCGUCGCCGCGCUCGGCCUCGCGGGCUCGGCCAGCGCCCAGGCCUUUCCCGACCACACGAUCAUCACCAACAUCUCGCCCAUUAUGAUGGGCCGCAUCGACCCCAUCAUCGACCCGGGCAAGGUCGGUGCGCACGUCCACACUGUGCUGGGCGCGUCCAACUUCCGUUCCGAGCUUAACACGCCCCAGGAGAUGCUCAAUGCUCAGUGCACGACGGCGGCAGUCACGGCCGACAAGUCCAACUACUGGACGCCGACGCUGUACUACAUGCACGACAAUGGGACGUACGAGGCCAUGUCGCCGUUCAACACGCGCAUCUACUACUUCACCACGAACGAGACCAACAUGAACCCUUUCCCGCCUGGCUUGCGCAUUGUCGCGGGCACGGCGAUGAGCCGUGACCUAAGCGACGUCCGCAUGCGCGGUGUCGAGUUGCACUGCGGCGACAAGCCGGACCUCUUCCACCCGUGGCUGCCGAACGGCACCACCCACCCCAACGGCUGCAACGACUUGCACGUCGGCAUCCGCUUUCCGUCGUGCGGGCUGGCCAACGGCGCCCUCGACUCGGAAAACCACUUCGACCACAUGACCUGGCCCGUCGAAAGCCUCGACUACGGACCCGAGGGGCCCAAGUACAACCCGAACGGGCCGCUGUGCCCGCCCUCCCACCCGAUCAAGUACCCGACCAUCUUCCUGCAAGCAUUCUACAAGUUCGAGGAGAAGCACGGCCGCCCCUGGCGGGCAGGCAAGAACAACGUUGUCUUCUCCAACGGCGACAUGCUCGGCCCCUCGUUCCACGGCGACUUCGUCAACGGCUGGGACCCGACCGUGCUCACCAACUUCGUGAAGCAGUGCAACACGCCCAACGGCGCGCAGGACAAGCCGCAGAACUGCCCAGCAUGGGCGCCGUCGUUCAACCAGGAAGCCUCGCGCCAGUGCGCGUACCAGGGCAUGCUCCCCGCCGAGGACAUUGGCCUGUACCGCGCGAUCAACGAGCUGCCGGGCUGCAACCCGUUGUGGCCCGCCGACGGGCCCGUGCAGCGCGAGCGCUGCUCCAAGCCCGAUCCCGGGUUUGCGGGCCCCAACCGCUUCAUCGGCAUCGGCAACGAGCGCCGCAUCCCCGUCUACCUCCCCAACGCGGGCAACUACACCGAGAUGUUGUGAGUAUGAGAGCGUGGUGUGCGCAGCGCUGAUCCAGCCUCAACGAGGACUUCCCGAGCUGGGUCGGGCAGUGGGGCGGCGAGAACAACCAGAAGAACACGGCCGGCG